GGGUACGGUGUCGGAUUGAUCUGUUCAGUUCUCCGGGGGUUAGGAAUAGCUACCGUUGACGAUAGAGGUUGACGAUCGUAUUUUUUUAGGAAAUCGUGAGGUUUUAAUGUGAUUUAAAAGUGUUUCGUGAUGUUUAAUAUAAAUAGUAAAAUAUUUUAGUGCUGGUGCCCAUCCCGUUAACAGAUCACUGGAGGCAGAUUAUUAAUUCGUUAAAAAUAGUACAAACCCUCCACGAAAGUGUAAGUGUUGUGCAAAUAUUGUUUUUAUGGUGAGCAAACCCCCAUACGAAGAAGAAGAAAAACAACAGCCGUUGCGGAGCAGAACCGUGGAAUAAAAAUUCGUGAAAAAGGCGAGCUGCUGUUUGAAAGUUGCGCUGAGUGCAGUUCGCUGAUCCGUUUGAAGGAGUCCCGGUUGGGGGUUUUUUUUUGGUGGAGCAAAGCAGAUCAUAUAGUGCGGUGCUGCUUCAUUUUUCCAGUAGAUCAGCACACCAACGUGGCCGCCCUGUAUCAGUCAUCCCCAGAGAGCUACAGAUCAUCACAAAGGCAAGAAGGCACCGGUGGGGUUCGAUGUCGUCUACCGUGUGAAGCUUGUCACAUAAUCAACCAACAGGAUGCUAGCGCCCGCAAUGUUGACGAUGCUGGAGCAAGAAACGUUUACCACCGCGAACGAAACCAUCGCCCUGGACACGAACGACCCGGAGGUGUACGGCAGUGUGGUGUACGAGGAAGAUGCAUACACGUCGGGCCCAUCGGCACCAGCACCGCUGCCACCACGGCAGGUGCCCGUGAGCGAGUUCGACCUGUUCGAAGCACUGCUCAACACAUCGGCCGGUGGACCGAUGGGUAGCUUCUGGAACACGUCGGCCGUUGCCACCGAGACGCCCUACACACCGUACGAGCUGCGGCCGGAAACGUACAUCGUGCCGAUCCUGUUCGCCGCCAUCUUUAUCGUCGGUGUGCUCGGCAACGGGACGCUUAUUAUCGUCUUCCUGAGGCACCGGGCGAUGCGCAACGUGCCCAACACCUACAUCCUGUCGCUUGCUCUGGCCGACCUGUUGCUAAUCGUAACGACCGUACCGUUUACGUCCAUCAUCUAUACGCUCGAUUCGUGGCCGUGGGGCAGCCUGCUCUGCACGUCGUCCGAGUUCAUCAAGGACGUGUCGAUCGGUGUGUCCGUGUUUACGCUGGUGGCACUGUCCGGCGAUCGGUUUUUUGCCAUCGUUGAUCCGCUGCGAAAGUUUCACGCACACGUAGAUCCUUUUCUAGGUGGUGGACGGCGAGCCACACGGAUGACCAUCGCGACGGCGGUCCUAAUCUGGCUACUGGCCAUCGCGUUCGCCGUUCCUGCCAUCAUCGGAUCACACAUCAAGACUGUCAUCGUCAACAAGGACGUGUCGUUUUACUUCUGUUAUCCGUUUCCGGACGAGUGGGGCCCCCAGUACGCCCGCGGCAUGGUGUUGGGUAAAUUUCUCAUCUACUACGCGGUGCCACUGUUCAUAAUUGGCAUCUUCUACGCACUGAUCGCGCGUCAUCUCAUCCACAGUGCCAAGCAUGUGCCGGGCGAGAUGCAAGGCACCGUACGGCAGAUCAAAGCGCGCCGGAAAGUGGCCGUCACCGUGUUGGCGUUUGUGGUCAUAUUCGGUAUCUGCUUCCUGCCGUCACAUCUGUUUAUGCUGUGGUUUUAUUACAAUCCAAACUUCAACGAGGAUUACAAUGGAUUUUGGCACGUACUGCGAAUAGUAGGCUUUUGCCUGUCGUUCGCAAACAGCUGUGCCAAUCCAGUGGCACUGUACUGUGUUAGUGGUGCCUUCCGGAAGCAUUUCAAUCGGUAUCUGCUGUGCGAUGGAAGCUCGAGCAGUCGGCGAAGGCACGGAGACAAUCUGGCACCGAGAGAUACAUCCCUUACCAGCACCAUGUCCCGCCGGUACACCAGCAAACGGAUGCAAUCGCUGCGAAUAAACAUCCAGGAGACGACGAUCGUGAUGAUACCGAACGGCAACUCCAAAUCGGAGGGCGCAGUGCACGAAAAGGAAAUGGUGUGUUUGUCGUAACAGCGAAAGCACCAUCUACCGGGCGCCGGAAACCGAACCCGGGGUGUUAUCCCAAGGCUAGCGACGACCCACGAGCUGCCGUCGACGGAUGCUAGCUGCGACGCGGAUGGGGUGGAUGUUGGUGGUGACGCUGACCAAGAUUUGUGGCCUACGAAAGGAGCAACAACCGGCGACCGGAAGCUGCCGACCGUCGGUUUCCGAUUGCCUCCGGGUCGUUCCGCGGUACGGCCACGCCAAGCGUGCGAAAUGAGCAAGGUUUGAUUUACGACACCCGGCGCGCGAGAGUAUGCACGUCGUGUAUAUUAGUGUACGUAUGUGUGUGCGUGUGUGUGUUUGUAAGUGAGUAAGACUGUCCAUUUGCGAGUUGGAAAAUGAUUGAUAAGUGUUUUUGGAAAAGCCCUUUUGCGGUAGGAUGAUUGUUGCUCUCACUCUCGCGCUUCACUGACGACCAUAUUGAGCGUUAGCUUAAUGUUUGUGGUUUUCAAAAUGGAGUUUACAUGAAGUUUGUGUUUAGAGUACCUUGAAGUUGAAAGAGAUUUGUUGGUAUAAUUUUGUAACACUUUUUAGAGGUCCUUGUUUGCCGAAAACUGUAUUUUAAACUAUUUAUAUUUCAGCACAAUUCGUCUAUAGUAGAGACGCCAAAAAGUAUGCAAUCCGCAACACAUUUUCAAUUUCUGUAAGGAAAAGGCAUCUUUCUAUGCCUAUUUUACCUAUUUAUUUUUUCAUUUGUAUAUUCCUUGUGCCAAUAUCUGCAAAUCUACGUGAUCGUGGUUUCAUAGCUACAGUCUCAAAUUGUCAGCCUCCUCAUAUGAUCUCCUCGCACGAACCUCCCGUACCAUGCGCCAAAAACCGAUUUAUGGUCAAACCGAGUCGAAGAUUUCCGAUCUACCAAAUUUCCUAGCAACGCAGCUGCUUGUUUAUGCAACCGGCAUGACUUCAUUCCGUAUUCACCCAGCAUCGCGGGAUACGUUCGAUAAAUUUGCGGAAAUGUCACCGGUUCGUGCAGAAGGAAUGGACCGACUCUCGUGCAAUUAGUGGCUUCAUUUCCCUGGUAUUUAUCUUCCUUAGAGGAAUCUGUGCCAGAAAUUCGAUCCAACCUUGUUUGCUGUUGCAAUUUGGCUAGCUGGUUCACUUCAUUGCUCAACGAACACGUUGACUAGGAAGAAGCUUUUUUUAACUCACAAUUGACUGCUCUGUGGAUUUCUGAUAACUUUUCUGCAAAAAAUUCUUCCUCAAAGCACCUAAAUAAGGCAUGCAACCAUGAAACACCAAAAUUUCGUAAGUUUUUCAUCACCAUUUAAUUUCACACAUCCAAUCCAUAAACGGCGAAUCACAUCGCUGAAGGCAAUUAUCUGACGAAAGCUUGCUGUGGCUGUUUUUUUUUUUCUUCCUUAUCGUCGGGAUCAGACGCCCGAAAAACUCGUCCCAGGUUUUCCUAAACUCCUGGUUCUUGCUAACGCCAUUUGGGUUUCAACGCUGAACCGUUGAAUGAAUGUAGAGAGUUAGGGAGGCGAUUGGCCUUCCGAGAAGGAUUUCCGAUCUGCCUUCAACCUCUACGAUGAUAUGUCCGAUGUCACUUUACGUCGGGGAAACGUGUUCGUAAACGUGAAGUUUAUGAUUGAAUUCGGUAUUUGAGACAUGGCGGGGUUGAAGUUUUGUUGACCAAAGCGCGUUAUCCCUUUUAUUCCGGUAAAAUAUUUUUGUCCGCAAUAAAAAAAAAACACAAGCAUAUGUCCGGUGAAUGUUUGUACCAGCAACCGCUUUUCAUGUUCAAGUGGUACUGAUCCUUCUUGAGAAGUCGCUCGAAAACUAGCUGAUUUGAUUUAAUGUUUGUUUUAUUUGAAAACUAAAAUGAUAAUUUGUACAUUUCGUGAAAUUUUUCGAAGAAAAGCAUUAAGCAUUAACUCCACUACCAUUCGGUAGAGAUUCUAAUAAUAAAAAAAUUACCAAAAGCACAAAUUUUCCUUCCCAUUGUUUGAAGAUUAGUGGAUGGUGACGCUGGAAAGGUCGGACAAUGGGAUCCCGCCCAGCGCAAAAAAACGACAUACUCUUAUCGCUAAUUAUUCUGCGCGGGAGUAAAUGUGUCAAGGAAAAAGAAAGGUCCGAAAUAAAACACAAACCCCAGACAAAUGUCCUUACCAAUGGGGUGCGGAGGAAAGGUUAAGCAGAGCUUACAAAUUACUGGCACUGGUAAGAUUGCCCACCGUUCCGGUUGCUUUCCGGGGGCGACCGAAAAGGCACACAAAGAGAAACUCCAGUCCAGUCCAGAUAACUUCGGAACCUUCAGCAGUCAACAGCUUUAUCUGUUGUUGGGCUAGCUUAAGAUUUGUCAAACAAUUAUAGGGCAACAAAAGUUGCUCUGCGCUGUCCAGGCAAGGUGUGUGUGUGUGCCUUUUUGUGGUAAAUGAACAGCUGCUCUUGCUCGGCAAUGUCAAGUGCACCGCUUUUAAUGGUGUACGCUUUGCUUAUCACGCUUUUCUGCUUCGGCAAGGAAAGUGCUUUCGUUUCGAGCGAACGAUGAAUCUUUGGUCGUUCUGUUUCUUUGCUCAUUGGUAUUCCCCGUUUUUCACUUCAAAGUUCAAAUACUAGUCUGUGAUGAAGCUAAGCGCAUGGUUUGUUUAAUCGCCCUUUUUAUACCUUUCGGUCUAUCCGAAGAUAAAAGCCUUAAGCAUGGUUCAGUGAUAAAAAAACACAUUUGCUUUGAAAGCCCGGCAAGAAAAUCUCUUCAUAGAACAGAACUAAUUUCUUCUUCUACACGUAGCCGUCGGCUUUACUACACAACUACAACACUAAUUUUAAUACUAGAUCCAUCCUCAAUCCGAUGCAACGUUAUACUCGCGCUGCUCGCUUGUACAUGUCUGCAGUGAAACUAAUUUACUGCUUCCGGUAUUGAUUUUGCAUGUAAAUGAGGUUAGUCCUUUAAGGAAGCACGAUAGUGUGUAUCAUACUGCGCCAAACCCGAAGAAUACGUGUCAAAUUCAAAUGAUUCUCACAUUGCAUACAUUUAGGCGCCUUUGAUGAAACAUUUCAAAGGCCUGUUUACUUGCUGUUGGUAUGCGUAUGAAUAACACGAUUAAGCUCAAUUGAAGCCUCAUGCUAAUCCUUGCCACUUGCUGACCUUGGUAGCAAAUUGGACAAUUGUUUCCUUUCUGAUUGCAUGCUUUACAACUCAAAAACCUACCAAAUAGUUCAUUAUUUUGUAUGUCGUUCUCGAGUAUGGAGUAGAAAGGAUUUUUUUUGGACGAUGCUUGUCUAUUGUGAUGCUGCUAAAACAUUAAAUUUGCAUUCAAUUAGCAACAGAAACAUGACAAUGUGGUAGGCCAAUGCACGAGAAAUUCUUGUUUUUUGUAUUGCCUCAAACAGAAUUGAAACAACGUGUUCUGGUUUGUAUUGCAAAGAACACUCCGAACAGUACAUAUUUUAACCAUUAUACAGCCAUAUCUCCCAGGUUUGCCACGGGGCCACUACACACACUCACACUCGGGUUUGCCAACGAACCAACGAAACCAAAUCACAUCCAUGUCUGCCAGACAACCUACAUUGCGCUGCAAAAUAUGCUUCCGAAUGUGGGUUUCGGGCUGAAAACGAAACCAAAAGCAAAACAAAACUUCUGCCGUUUCCACGCGAUUGAAGAAAUGAUUCGGUCAUGAAUUUUUCAUGCGCCACGAGUGCUGGAAAGUGAGGGAAGCCCAUAAACAGUAAGGCGCAACGUGCAGCUAACGUCCGGCUUCGUUUGGUUUUUUUUUUUUCAUCAAAUUUGUUUUCAGCAAAUCAAAAUCUAAUCACAGAAUCAUGUUCAAUAAUGUGAAAAUCACCAACAGUUUCAAUUAUUCAUGGCGAUGUCACGUUGCUGGUGGGGAUCAUCUGAGUGGUAGCUUUUAUCUGCUGAAAGCAUGCUCGGUUUAUGGGGGCUAGGUCAAAAUAACCUUUCAAUGGGGCUAAGUAGCGUGGUAGCGAAAAUUUCUAAAAAGCCACUGUGAAUGUGUCGUGCGGAUUGCAUGCUUUUAGGUGCAUAUUACUGCGCUACGCUGUUUGAUAAAUACAUGCCUAAAUUAGGGCGCCGAAAUGAGGCUUUUUCAAACAUCAAUCAGUUACGCAUCGCAUGAUGAUUAUGCUUGCUUUGCCGAUGCCCUCUAUUUGUAUUGUAUAUGUUUAAUGUCCCGCGAAAUAUUUAAUACAUAUUUUCCAUGAUUUUUUUUCCACAAAGAAUGGCAGUGAAAAAAAAAACCCCCCGAAAGCAUUUCAUUGAAUAUGCCGCCCAAACGCGCACGUGUCGCUAAAAAGAAAUCCCACGUAUGCGCGAGCUUUGCAGUUCUCUUCAAAAUGAGCGUCGUAUUAAUUUGAUACAGCUCGCGAAACAGAUUGAUGAGCAUCUGUUUGUAUAAACAGAUAGCAGAUAUAUGUAUUCUCAUGCAUGCGCUGUGAGGGUGAACUUGAAGAAUCAACCCUACGCGCGAUCGCUGCUUUACCAUCCACCGCUCUGAAUUUAAUUUGCAUCUUCAAGAAACAAAACUGUACACAAAGUGCUAUGGCAGAUUUAUCGUUUUGCAUCAAUGCAAGUCAUACCUUGAGUUGUUACUGAUAAAUCUCAUCCUCUCUCGUCCCCGGUUCAAUUGUCCCUUUGAUGUGCGUCCAAUGUAUUCCGAAACCCUUUCAUCGCAAACGAUUCUCACAAUCUGGACGGAUGAUUUAUUGGAUCUCGAUAGCAAUUUAUGUUUGAAACUUCUAAGACUAACCUGUUGGGAUGUAACUCAUCCCUGUGAGUUGCAGAUCUUUUGUUUAACAUUCCAUUGCCUAUUUUUUGUUACAUUUGAUCAAAAAAAUGUUUCCUCGAACUUAAACAACUUCUUCCUGCUGCCGGUUAAAUAUUGUUCAAUAAGCGUUUUUCAGAACUUGGGUGUACGAUGUAUGAUUUGUUGCAUAAAACAAUAAUUUAUAAUAAUCAUUAAAGAAAGGGAGCAAUCAUAACCUCCUCAACAGUCGCUGGCGUUUUCUACAGUAUACGCCUAAAGGUAGGCAAUGAAUUUAAGUACAUCCUUAUUUUGCAGGAAACAUCACUGUUGAACUGACUUUAAAACGCCUUUUUUGCAUAAUUUAAGGCGCAGUAAACUCAAUUUGAAUCUUAAUAUCCACACGAUAAGCACGUUAAAUUAUGUUCAUAUAAUAAUAAGCGUUAAGAUUUAUACUUAAAGCUCAUAUUUUUUUAUCUAUAAAUUUAAUGUAAAUGUUUCGUCUAAGGUACCCGUUUCGGCUACCCCCGUAUCUGAUCAACGGUUGAUUAGUUUUAAUUUAUUCGAAUCCUCCACUCGCAGACACACUUUCGGGCAAGCUUCAAAACUCUGCGUAACACUAUAGGAAACCUCUCGCCAAAGCUAAACAACGAACAAUUUAUCUUAAUGGAAAUUAUUUCUUAGAAUGAAAUCCACCAAACAUUUGCUCGCCAUCGAUGGGGCAGGGGGAGGGCGGAGCAAGAGGAGAGCAACGGGAUCGUAAAUCAAACCAUGCUUACCCUCCACGUGAUCUGACAGCGUGCACGAGCGUCAACUCGUGCUUUACCGAAAUGGGAGGACGAUUUUGUAUAAAUAAUCGUGAUAUGUAGAAAAAACGAAAAAAAUAAAACACGCGCAGUUGUAAAGCUGAACACUAAUGUACAUUUCACCAAAAAUAGAAUCAAUUACUGUGGAAGGCGUAGAGCAUAAUUUAAUAAGAACUUUCUAAACAACAAACCCCGGGUUCUAAUGAUAGAACCGCUCGGGAGCCAAUGUGGGCGAAAAUAAAACUGUUAAUUAAGGCUAGCUAUUGAAUAGGAUAAUUUAUUUUUACACGUAGCGCACACAUACACAGGACUCACACAUCUACAUUUAAAGCAUCUAGGUAAUCCGUGACGCUGUACAAAAAAAAACGCUUUUUUCUAGAGAACUUUGGCAUUGAUUUCUUCUGCUUGAAUGGUAAGCCCGUAACUAGAAAGGAAAGCUGACAGUUAUCUAUGAUUUACACCGUACACAAGAACGAACCACACACUCAGAAACACACACACAGAUACAGAAACGCUUAGCUGUAAAGAUGUAAUGGAAAGCAAAUAAUUUCAAACCUGUCACUGUCCAAUUGGCAAAACAACGGUAAGGUUUUGCAAACAACGUAAAACGAUGCAUUUCACGACGCCCAAAUACGUAGAAAUGCGUUUCUCAUCAGUGCUGUUGAUAAUAAAUAACGGAAAACAAACCAACAUGAAUGUAAAAAGAAAAUUGAAACACGAAUCCAAUCUGAUCCAAAUGAGAUAAAACGGUGCUAAAUGCCGUCUGUACAGUGUUACUUAAGAUCCGCUUAGGAGCGACCUCGGGAACCUUUUAGAGUCACGUUACGCGCUAUAGGGAAAAAGAAGCAUCAUAUAGUAGAUGGGUAAUAUUUACACCGGCAAAGCGUUUGAAUAGUAUUUAAGUCACUCCUUUCGUGUAAGUAUAUCAGAAGCAUGUAAAUGAAUUAGGCAAGAGAGCGAAAACCCAACCGAACCAGAACAGUAUGUAAAUGAAAGAGGAAAUAAAAUCGUGAUUUAAUUAACAGGUGCUCUAAUUGUUA